AUGGACAAGACUUAUGUAAGAAAAAUCAAGCACGCACUGUACAGUGAUUCUACGAUUACUCUGGCAUUAUUUGUCGGCCUUGAAUCAUGCAAAGAUCUGAAACAGGCCGUAAUGAAUGGAGCGGUUGAAGCAGCUCUUCUUAAAACAUCAAAGAUUGUGGACCCUUUCCAAGUGUUGGUCGCAGCAAACAAAGCCAUUCAUCUUCAACGUACAAAUGCAAUGGUGACCAAAAAUGUGCAUUCAGAGGUCCUGUUUUGUUUGUCUCCAAGUAAAUAUAUUUCAGAUUCAUUUCGUUUCUUUGGAGUUUCUGACACAGACACAAGUGUGUUUGUAGCAGUUGUUGAUGACAAAGAGGAUGAAACAAUUACAAAAGUGUCAGAAAUUCUAGGAAAGAUGCCAUCUGAUUUAGAACAAGUAUCAGAAAUUGCAGAUACAGAGUUAAUUUCUAAAGCAUACAAACUAACAGAGGAAGAAUUAUCUGUAUUUGCAAUUCUGGACGCAGUUGUUUCUAGGAUAGCAGCAAAAGACAUAAUUAUGACACGGAGAGGGAAACGCUGA